AUGAUGGAGGCAAAGACAGGAGGCGACAGCGAAACCAAGGUCGGCGGCGACGUUGUGGCUUUAUCCCACCCGGAAUCGAUCGAAGCUACGGAAACUGCAGAGCUGUCGACCAAGCGCGGCCUUUCUGCCAGACAUGCACAAUUCAUCGCCCUCGGUGGCACUAUUGGCACCGGCCUCUUCGUCGGUUCCGGCAGCACCCUCGCCCGCGGCGGGCCGGCCUUCCUCGUUGGCAGCUACGUUGUCAUGUCAGUCCUGAUCUACCUGGUCCUGACCGCAGUCAUUGAGAUCUCGACGUAUCUUCCGCUACCGGGCGGCACCAUGAACUACUACGGCAGUCGUUAUGUCUCACGAAGCCUCGGCUUCAUGAUGGGGUGGCUCUACUUCUACUCUUUUGCCAUCUUCGUACCCUUCGAGCUCACCGCGUCAGCCCUGGUCAUCGAGUACUGGCACCCGAACGUCAACAACGCGGUCUGGAUCACGAUCAUGCUGGUCCUUGUCGUCGGACUCAACCUCCUACCUGUCAAAUUCUACGGCGAAACAGAGUUUUGGUUCGCUGGGCUGAAGGUUCUGACCAUUGUCGGUCUGCUCAUCCUCUCAAUCGUUCUGUUCUUCGGAGGCGGCCCAACCCACGAACGUCUCUAUUUUCAUUACUGGAAGGACCCCGGCGCUACCAAGGAGUUGAUUGUUCAAGGCGACACUGGCAGGUUCGUGGCCGCCUUGUCGACUCUUCUCAGUAGCGUUCUUCCAUUCACAUUUUCGCCCGAGAUGGUCGUCGUAACUGCUGGAGAGGUCCAAUCUCCCCGAAGAAAUCUGCCGAAAAUUGCCCGCAAUUUCUUCUGGCGAUUGAUCGUCUUUUACAUUGGUGGAACCAUUGCCAUCUCCGUCAUUUGCCCUUCCAACGCACCGGCUCUCACCAGCGGAAGCUCAGGUGCCGCGGCUUCGCCCUGGGUUGUGGGAAUUAAGGACGCGGGAAUCAAGGGGCUCGACAGCGUCAUCAACGCCGUCGUCGUUACAGCCGCCUGGUCUGCCGGUAACUCGUUCCUCUACCUGGCAAGCCGAUCUCUGUACUCGAUGGCCUGUGAAGGAAGCGCCCCACGGAUCUUCAAGCGGUGCACCAAGCAAGGAGUUCCCAUCUACGCCGUCCUUGCGAGCUCAUUGUUCUCACUACUGGCAUAUAUGAACGUCAACUCCAGCGCGGCAGACGUAUUCAACUGGCUAUUGAACCUUGUCAACACUGGAGGCUUUAUUUCUUGGGUCUGCUGCGGUAUUAUUUACAUCCGCUUCCGCAAGGCUUGUGACGUUCAGAAUUUGCCAACAUCAGCGCUGGUUGCGCGAUCCUUCCUACAGCCAAUCGGUUCAUAUAUCUCGCUAUUCAUUUUCGGUCUUCUCUGCCUGCUGAACGGCUUCACCGUCUUCUUUCCAUCUCGGUGGUCUGUAGCUGAUUUCCUAUCUGCGUAUAUUGGACUGCCAUUGUUUGUUGUUAUCUACUUUGCUCAUCGUUUCUUGCAUCGCGCCGAUUCUUGGGCUAUUUCUCCCCAUGCGGUUGAUCUUAAGAGCGGUCUUGCAGAGCUGGAGGCAGAGGAGUCGUUGGAAGAACCCAAGGAAGGGUUGCGAACACGCCUUAAGCGUCACAUAGGUCGAUCCUCUUAG